AUGCGCAGGGAGCAGAAAGGGAAGGAUGUGGUGGAUGCUGGAAAAUCUCGUCCGACCCGCGAGGAGGAUGCCCAGCGAGCUGUAAAGCAGCAGAAAACUAGCCACCCUAUUCAGCGAGGCCAGGAGAGGUCUGACAUUCAACCUCCUGAGCCACAAGCAUGGUUGCCAGCACCCAUACACAGUGGGGAGCCCUAUGAGAUGAUGCAUCUAUUAGGGACUUCAACGGUUAUCCAAAACACUUUUAGGCAGGAUGAGAUGCUCAAUAACUGCUACAAUCAGCUAGACGAUGAAAGGAAGAAACGGGCGUCGGUUGUACAAACUUUGACAAUAUCCGAGCAAGACUUGGUGGCUGCGAAGAAGAAAUUAGCCGUUGAGGAGCAAGCUCGCAAAAGCGCUGACUCGGCCUUAGAGGGUUUCCAAAAACAAGCUAAGGACCAGAGAAAGCGUUUGCGCGAAGCAAAUGAGGAAUUGAAGGCUGCUCGGGAGCACGUGGCAGUUCUUAAAAAGCACCUGGAGGAAACCCAAAAAUUAAGGGAGCAAGCUGAAAAGUCUCGGGAGGAAGCAGAGAGGGCAAAGGCCGAGGCCGAACAGGCAACGAAUGAGGCUGAACAGAAAGGCUAUGAAAUUGGGGUGGCUGAGACGGAGGAGACACUAAAGGCAGAGGUGCCAAUGGUGUGUUGCAUUUGCUGCGACCAAACUUGGGAUGAAGCUCUUAACCAAGCUGGGGUUGAGGCUUCAUCCAAGUUAAGGAAGGCAGAGAAUGUGUUCUACUCUACAGCAAUCCGCACCUCGGCUCCUCCAUCCAGUCAAGCUGAAGACAUUCCCUCAACCACUAAUCCUAAUCAGGAGGUUUUGCCUCAAAAUCUUCCUCCUCCUAGCCAACCAGAACCAGCUAAAGAGACUAAUGCCCCUCCAGAAGCCCCCUUGGACAAGACUGCAGCAGCUUCUGAGGCAGAGGUAGCCUCUCAAGGCUUUCAACAAAAUUUGGCUUCCAUAGUCAUGCCAGGUGGGGGAGCUACUAAGGACAAAGAGGGAGUCACUACCUCGGAGGCAGAUAAAUCAGCCAACCAAGCUCCCAAGCUCCAAAUUAAGUUGAAAAAAUAG